AUGGUAUUGCGUCAUUUGGGGAUUAUAAAGAAAGCUCAGCACGUCCUAUGUUCUACAUCGCGUCGCGUUGUUAAGAUGCCUGAUCCAUAUCGCGAAUCUUAUAAACCAUAUUUGGACCCCGUGCCGGUUGCGGGAUUCUUUCUGGUCACGAUUCCAUUGGCAUGGAUAACGUACGACAUAGUCUUCGAAACUGAUAAAGAAAUUCAGCCGAAGUAUACGCCACCGUCUUCCCGUAAGCAAGUUCGUUCAGGACUCAAUGAUGCACAAGCAACCGAUUCAAAAAAGCUGCAGCCAAAGAUUCAGCUUCCGAAGAAAGUCCAGCAUGUGAUAAUUGGUGCUGGCGCGGCAGGAAUGGCAGCCGCUCGCGCCAUUCGAGCCUCUGAUCCCCGUUCUUGUGUGCUUCUUAUCGCUGGGGACGAAAGUUGUGGAGAGCUUGGCCUGGCUGAGACUAAUCAGCAAGCACCGCCUCCGUACGUCCGUCCUCUCCUCAGUAAGGGCCUUUGGUGGCGAACACCGGAACGUCGAGCACAGAUGCUCAAUCCAGAGGGUGACAUCCGAAAACACUCGUGGUUGUACUUCGAGCCGCUUAGCUUCUUCAUUGAUCCAGAGAAACUUUCCGAGACGGAGGAGGGCGGUGUGUGCUUUUUGCGGGGGAAUCCUGUAGUUGCUUUGCACCCGGACCGUCAUACGGUUUGCCUGGCCGACGGACAAGAGAUCGCGUAUAGUUGCUGCCUCAUAGCCACUGGGGCCCAGCCACGACGCAUGCCGGAACUCGAGCACUGCUCGAUUAGUGGGGCUGACCUCAUUAAAGCUCGGCGAAUCACCUAUUUCCGCAAUCUAUCCGAUUACAGACAUCUCCAGGCGGUGUCUGAUCGCCUUCACAAGGAAGGCGGGCGGAUUGCAAUCGUUGGUUCCGGCCCUCUGGCCUCCGAACUCGCGGUGAGCAUAUCCGGUGAGCGCCAACUCACGAAGGAGGAGAAGGAAGCCAAAACCCCGAAGGAUACCGCGGAGUUCGGGGUUCACCACUUCCUUGGCUUCAAGUCAGUUGCACCGAUGCAGGAAAUACUACCUCCAGUCCUCGCCGACGCUGUCUCAUCAUUCGAGUCGAAGAAACGGGUGACUGUAGCACCGGCUACCUCAGUUGUGCGGGCGUCUCUGGUGAAUCCAAAAGAUCCUGCAAAUUCUCAGCUUAGACUCACCGUCCACAGAAGGGAAGAUGGCGGUGUUAUAAAGGAAGACAAGGAUGUAAUUGUGGACCACAUAGUUUGUGCAAUCGGUGCGGAUCCUCGAACAGAACUUGCUGCAUCCGCCGGUCUUGAGGUAGAUUCGGAUAACGGUGGUUUCCUAGUAAACAGCGAACUCGAGUCCCGUGCGGACAUUUAUGUGGCAGGCGAUGCUGCCUCUUACUGGGACUCCCAGUUGUGCUGCCGUCGUCGGAUGGAGCACCUCAACUUCGCCGAGGAGAGCGGAACUCUGGCUGGUCUUAAUAUGGCCCGCAGUGCCGGUUCAUCCGAGCCCUCGUCUUCCGACGCCUCACUUCCCCCUGAAAAAACCUACGAUCCCCUUUCCUCCGUCCACGAAUUUCAGCCCUCGUUUUGGUGCAGCCUUGGUACAGGCGCUGCUUACGAUUGUGUCGGAGUUAUCGAUUCUAAGCGCCUUAUUACAAGGACAGUUUUUAUAGAGAAUGAGAACGCAGACUCCUGCGCUGUUGUAUUCUACUUGAAACCAAAUGAUCACAGGUUGGUGGGAGUGUUGCUUUGGAAUCUGCCAGAGGAUCUCUUCGAGGACUCGGAGUUUGCAGCACCAAGUAGACUUAAUUUUGCGCGAAAGUUGCUCGCAGAUCAAACGUUUCUGCGUGAUAAUAAUGAAGUGCUGACACUGGCGCAGAAGUUCGACAUGGGGGGUGAGAUUGCUGAGAGCUACGCCGAACUAAAGGCUUACGUGGAGGCGAAAAAGGCAGAGGAGGCCGCUGAGGUUGAGGACUCGAAGAAGGCUGAAGAGGCAGGGACCAGCUCAUGA